AUGUUCAACUCGUCUUCACCUCAUUCGCCCAAUGUAUCAUCUAGUACUUCGCUAUCGCAUAAUUCACUGCCGACUCUCUUGUUUGCCAUUGCGAGUGACGAUGUUAAUGAAGUGCGACAGGUGCUUGAGAGCGGUGAAGCUGGGCCGAAUGAUCAAGUUGGUCCCCAGUCCGCCCUGGCAUUCACUUUGACCAACGACAAACUGGCGCACAAGAAUGAGAUUGUUAAAGCCUUGUUAGCUUAUGGCGCAGAUCCAUCGGCGUUGCGGAAUCCAGAUUUGAAUCCAUCUGCACAAGCCUCAGCGGAGGGAGGUGAGGGUGUUUCGGGCUCACAUUCACAGCCUGGAGAAACAAUGCCGGAAGGAAUGGACCCUGCCACGAGAUACUAUGUUACCAGAGCCGAUUCGACACACACUCGGCAAACAUCUCAGCUUAUAUAUCGCUCAUUCUUCCGGCCCCUCACAAGAGUUCGGUAUGAUCUCAUUGGUCAAGAUUGGGUAUUAGAGCAACUCUUCAGGGUGUUGAGCAUGCACUCUCAACGGCUGUCGGUGGCUCCCAUCGUGGUUCUGCUUUGUGGUCCGAGUGGUCAUGGGAAGAGCUUGCUGGCCCGCAAAUUUGGAAGUCUCUUGGAUAUUCCCACCCAUACUGUGAAUAUGACCACUUUGCGCUCGACACAUGAUUUAUGGCAAUCGUACUCCAUGAGUCCGUAUGAGGAACCUUCCUCAGAUACUUUGGCCCAAUUUCUGCUUAACAACGAAGGCGAGCGAUGCGUAGUUGUACUAGACGAGAUCGAGAAAGUAGAAGAUCCAAAGGCGUUGUACUCUCUUCUCAUGCCUUGGGAACUUGGACGCUGCUCCCUUGAAACUGGAAAGCGACAGGUUGAUCUCACAAAGGUGAUCUGGCUUGGAACAUCCAAUAUAGGCCAUGACCUGGUAUUCGAGCACCAAGAUUCUCGGCAAGAUCCCAGCAAACCCGUCACUCGAGAGGAGUACCGAGAUCUCAUGAAUCUUUCAAGACCUCAUGUCUCGCAAUGCCUUGGUGCUUCACUUCUGUCCCGCGUUACCACCGUGUUGCCCUUUGUUCCGUUCAGCAUGGAAGAAAAAAUGGCAAUUGCGGCUGAAGCGGUGUACUCUCUCACUAGCAACGCUGCAAAGACGCUGUCCCCUCAAGACGUGGAGGAAAUUGUGAUGGAAGUGCUGCCGAGUUAUAUUCCAUCGGAGGGGGCUCGCUCGUUACACAGAGCUGUGUCGAAUCAACUAGUGGAUUUGAUCUAG